AUUUGCAGUAUACAAUUUAAUUACAGUAAACUUGUGUACUAUUACUUAACAACUUUAUUUUGAUUUGCUUUUUUGGAUUGCAAAGUUAUCAGAAUGUUUCCAAGAUGCAGUUUGCUUUUAAAUCGCAUGGGUGGUCUAUCUACGGUGUGGGAUCCGACCAUUAAUGUUGUGUCAUUUCAAUGUGUUCGGUGGCGUAAAAAAAGAACAGACCCUAAAGCUAAAUCGAAACUUGACUACAAGCGAAUUCCAACACCAAUUGAUCCAUGGGAGUAUGAAUUCCUGACAACGAAGACACCGCACUACAGGACCAUUUUAAGGGCCAUGAGGAAGAUGUUCAAGGAGGAACAAGCACAGAAGAGCACUGAAACGGCCGAGGGUGGGUCAGCUGAAGAGCGAGCUCAGAUGGAGAGACAGGAGCAUCUUAGUCUCCUUGAAUGGAAUGAGCAAGAAAAUGCUCGCACAAGGGCAAUAAGGGAGGAGAGACUUCAUUUGGAGUUGCGUGAGAAAGAGGAGAAGAAAUUGGGGAAGAUGCUGGAAAUGGAGGAAGAGAGAAGACGCACUCUGGAGGAGCUGGCAAUCAGAGUCCGGCAAGAGAAGGAGGCGAGCAAGUCGUACAUCACCAUGGACAACGUGGAACAAGCAAUUGAAAAUGCCCUGGCUGAUUCCAAGGAGUAUAACUUCACCAUUGAUAAGCGCGGACGAAUCCUACUUCCGGAGAACUCGGCAUGGCAAGAAUUGAAAGCAAGACAAGAACUAACAGUUGAUGAUGGAGAAGAGAACAUUGAGGAACAAAAGCAGCAACAAUAGCGGACCUAAUCUUAAUAUCUAGGACGAUUAACCCCAACCCUCUAUGAUCUUUCAAAAUCCAGGGGGUUUGAAGGAUUUUACAGGAUUGAGGGCGGUAGUGCCAACUCUCAGUUACCGUACUUGGUGCCCGAAUGUACCAUUGGGAUCCUACAGUGGAGAUUAGAGGAUGCUAGAAGGCGGGUUGCAAAGAUGCUUAAGCAGUUCGGAUCAUCAGUGCCAUCAUAUCUCAACCAGUUUGAUAUUUGCCUACUGUUGACACUUAAAUGGGUUUUAUUGUAUCGAAAGUAUUUACGUUGACCAAAAAAAAUUGGAGUGUAAUGGAAAAUAUCAAGACCGAAACAGAUUGACCAAAUUCAGGAUUUUGUACUGUUUUUUACAUCAGUGUUCAUGACUUGCUUUAUAAAAUGCCCUGCAUCCAUCAAUCCUAAAGAUUGUUCAAAUUGAAUGUAAUUCUCAACAUCAAAGCAUUAUCCAUAAAACGACCCAUAUUUGUAAUCCUCAAACUUACAACAAGUUUCAGAUAAAUGAAAUAGACAAGACACAUGCAAUUUGUGGGUAUGGCAGUUUAAUAUUUCAAAAGUCAUUACUUAUAUCAUUUUGAUGGUUUCCUUUUCAA